AUGGUGACGUGGGUUUCUGUACUGUCGAUACCGCUACUACUGCUUGUGUCAGCCCUAGGACCGGAUAUUUCCUGUCAGGCUUCUGAGGUCUUCACGGCCAUCAACGACAUUGGCCAGGCUGUGGCCGCCGGCCGGCUUCUUGCUGACGAGUUGAAGGGCUAUCUGGUGCGAGAGGAGGAUCGUAUUAACCGCCUACGAGGCAUUAUUGAUCGGCUGGAGAAUGCCACUCACAUUUACUCAAGUCUGUCGGAAGGCGAACUAGAGGAGGAGGAGAGGGUAGCCAAUCCGGUGUCGGUGUUUUUGACCAUCAUCCAGAUGGCCUCUGAUUGGACCAAAGAACUGAGCACGCUCUUUGGGGAGUCAGCGGAGUCGAAUGAGGAAGCGUCUGAGAGAUCUACGCAGGAUGGCGCUCCUUCAAGUCAGUACGAUGAGUUUGAUUCGCGGCACUCCAUGUUCCUGCGUCUCAAGUGGUACAGCGAAAUGCUGCCGGGCACGAAGGAUAUUGACGGGGCGACAGAUGCCAUCCUGCGUCUGCAGCAAACCUAUGACAUUCCGGCCAGUGCAGUUGCUGAUGGCCACAUACUCCAGAUGUCCGAGUCUCCUAAACUCAGUGGUAGGUUGAUAUCCGUCUUGCAAGUUGAGGGUCUGCUUACGUGUUAAAAAGGACGAGGUUUCUCGUAGUUAGCCAGCGGCGAGUUCAUUAGACGCAUCGUUACCCUAGAAGCCCAAAGUCUCCCAGUCUGUGGUCACUUAGUUCUCCAAGCUUCUUCAUUUGUCGAUAUCGUCUGCACUUUUUCCUGUCAGAAAGUUCUUUAUAUUGACUUUUGUCUUCCACGUGUCAUUUUUAAAUCAAAAAAAUUUCCGGGCAUCCAAAGCACGUUGCAGACUCUCUCUGAAGAAGAAGAAGAAGAAGAAGAAGAAGAAGAAGUGGAAUAAGGCUUUCUGAUGAGCAGAGAGGUUCCGGCCGCAACAGUUAGGGGUUGAAAAACCUUUAAAUAUAUUACAGGAUUUUUUCUUCCGGUCAAACUCUCCUACAGGAUGAUCACAUGUGUGGGCUGGCUGAUGUUUUGGUAAUUUUGUUCCCGCACCAAGUCGCACCCGGGAAUUUUUCAAUUUUUUGGUAUUCCAGAUAGAAACGGGGGUGAGGUCUUGGGAAGCGGGGCGGUCCUGUAAACAUUUCGUGAGUCUGGCACCAUUUAAGUUAAUUCCAACAGUCGCACAGGACCUUCCACUGAAUUCUGAAGCCUGAGGUCCAGUAAAUGCUCAUUUAAGGAACUGUAACACCUCGUAGAGAGCAUCCGCCGAAGAAGACCUAGAUCUCCCAACGCCGACUAAUGAAGGUGAAAAUGGAGGCGGUUUGUCUGUUUCAUUGUGAAUAGAGUAGGGAUGCUCGAACGUUGACUUUGAUGGUGAUUUUCAAAUGAAGUCCCAGGCAGCACCACAGGGCAAGUAAGACGAAGUCCCGGCAAAAAAAGUGAAAAAAUCCGGACAAACACUGGUCUUGACUUUUACAGUUUUUUUUCUUCCAGACAAAAGAAAGUGUAGACAGUCACGAAUUAAUUGCUCCUUACCAAAAAUGCCUUUUGCCUCAGCGGCGAGGUAUUCCUGCCGCUGCUGGAAAAAAUAACAGCGUACUGUGGUAUGUGAAAUGGUGUCAGCUCAAUAACUCUCUCUCUCUCUCUCAUCGGGCAUGUUGCAUCUGAAAAUAUAUAAAUUCGAGGAAUCAGGCUCCGGCAAAUUCUAAAAUUAUUACAGAUAAAGAUGGGGAGACCGUAAUGGCCAUUUCGUCGCCUCAUUGCCGUUGUCAGCUGCGCAUGCGUCAAAUCAGACCAGGAGGACAGGGGCGUUUGGCUCUAGGUUAACUCAGCUGUCUCUACGCGGUUUUGGGCCUAUCUCAUGAGACGUAGACCAAACUUCUGAAAUACAGUAAGUGGGCUAGCUCGUGAGAUCUCAAAAGAAAUUCCAAAAUGAGUUUUCGUUUCGAAAAGAACAAUUAGGUAAGGUUGUAAAGACAAUUAUUGUGCAGCAUAAUUCUAUAAUAAUUCAGUUACUCCAGGAGACCGACUUUCGAAUGAACUUUUUUCCGGCUGCAUCUAGAAACCAUGCUCCAUAAAAAUGACUACUUACGUAACACGCAUUUUUUCAUCGAUUUUCAAUGCUCUCAAAGAUUCAAUUAUAUUUCAUGGAAAACAUGCACAAAAAUAUUCAUUCAUUUGCUCACUGAGUAUAAAAGUACGCCUUCUUUCAAUUUUAUACUCAAAGGAAGGGGUUUUUGGUUUUAUAAAACUUUUCCAAUUCCCGAAUAAUUUUGAACCCGACCUGCCGUUUCACUUGCAUUCAGUGUUCCCAAACUACAAGCCAUAUAAUUUUUGCAUACGGAAAACCAUACAUUUAUCUACGUUAUUAAGAGGAGACCAUAUGGGGCUUAUAAAAUUUAGCAGUGGAUGUAAGCUAUAUGUUAACUUUACAAGCCACAUUGGUAAAUGCAGAGACAUGACGUUUUAUGAAGGGCCAUUUCAUGGUAUUGAAAAGUGUCAUAAUUAGAACCUUUAAAACCAAAUUAAACCCUUCUUUCGGGAGUAAAAUUGAAAGAAGAGGUAAUUUUCUACUAAACGAGCAAAAGAAUGAAUAUUUUUAUGCGUGUUUUCCAUAAAAAAUAAUGGAAUGUUUAAGGGCGUCGAAAAUCAAUGGAAAAGUGCAUGCUAAUUAAGUAGUUAUUUUUUACGGAGUAUGGUUUUUGGAUGCAGCCAAAAAUAAAUUCAUUCGAGAACCGGCUUCCUGAGGUGACUGAAUUAUUAUAGAAUUAUGCUGCAAAAUUAUUGGAUUUACAACCCAACUUAAUUAACCUUUUCGAAACGGAAAGGCAUUUCGAAAUUUCUAUUGACCUUUCAUGAGUUAGCCCACCUGCUGUGUGUUUCCGAUUGGAAAGGACUGCUUAGGUGGGGUUGUAAUAGUGAAUAUUUUGAGACAUAAUUCAAAGAUAUUUUAGUCCCGUCAGGAUGUUGACUUUUAAACGCCCGUCCUCUUGGCCGCGUGGAAAGCCUCACAGUUAUAGGCCACUGUUCAUGCGAUAUCGAUUUUAUUAUUGAUUUUCGAUUCCCAUGUAUACUUAAAUAUAGUUAAUAAAAACGGGCGCAAAAUAUUACUUUUUCUAUCUACCUGGUAGCAGCUUACAUCAUAUGAGAAUUUCUUAAUUGAAAAAGGAUAUCUUUCAUUUAUAAAAUUUCAUGAUCACGGAAGCUUUUAUGGCCGUGAAAUGUCCAUUUAUGCAGCAUCUUGUAGUCCGCAUUCAUAACAAAAUAUUACAAGACCUGUAUGACAUCUUCCUAAUAACGCCAAGAAAAUAAGGAUCUUCCUCACGCUCAAGACAUAGAGCAUGUACAGUCGAUGUACCACCUCAUGAGAUAUUAACCGAAAAUCUGAAAUAUAUUUUUGCUUCGGGAACGGUUACUUAGGUAGGACAGUAAGACUGAUUUCCGUGCGGAAUGAUUUUACAAUAUUUCAGUCACAUCGAAACGCUGGUUUGUAAACAAAAUUUUCUUCGGCUGACUACAAAAAUUGCACUCUAUAACACUAACCGCCUAAUUGAUGUGAUUUUUUCCGUUGACUUUCGAUGCCCCUAUAAGUUCAAAUAUAUUUAUGGAAGGCAUGCAAAGAAUAUUCCUUAUUGCAUUCAUUUGCUAGAAACAUUUGCCUUCUUUAAAUUUUGCGCUUGAAGAAGGGAUACUUUUGAUUUUAAAAGUGUUUAAUAGUGAGAUUUUUAGAGUAUAAAAUGUCCAUUCAUGAAGCAUCUCAUAUGUUUGUUUAUUUAUGCCCCUUAUGAAGAACUCAUGACCCACACCCAUUACAAAAAAUUGAAGGCGCAGUACGUCGUUUUCGUUAUGGCGUAUAGAAAUGUAUAAUUUGACUUACAGGGUAAAUGUUCAGGGUGUAGUUUCGGUACUCUGAAUGUAACUAUAAGGGCAGGUCCGGUUAGACGCAUCAGGAGUUUUAAACGCUUGUUAAGCCCCAAAUAUACCUGAUCUUUGUGCAUAAAUUUUUAAGAUGUGCUUUUAUAGGAAAUGAGUGUAUGGAAGCAUGGUUUAGCGCAUGCUUUCGACAAAAUAUAUUUGAGUUUAUGGACACAAUAAAAAUCCUGGAAAAAUUCAUAUCAUUUUAGCAGUAAUUUUUGCAGAAUGUAGUUUUGCCGAUGACUGGAAUCGCGUUCCAGAGACGGCAUCCCAGAGUAAAUGAAAUAUCUUGGGAUUAUGCAGCAGGAAAGUGCUUAUUACAAUCCUACUUAAGUAACCCUGUCGACGGUGGAGGGGCGCUCACCGAGCGUUCUUACGGAACUGACUCGUUCCGUUGUGCCUUACGCGCUCUCUCUCUCGAACCCAACCAGCAGUGUAUAUCAUGCGCCGCUGUGUGGCUGCUGGUUGGGCUCGAGAGAGAGCCCGCAAGGCGCAACGGAACGAGUCAGUUCCGUAAGAACGAUCGAUGAGCGUGCCUCCACUAUUGUAUAUUCCCCAUCGAAACCGACAGGGUGACGGGCUCGUGGCCCGGCGGUUAGAGGCGUGGAAUUCUACCUAACAGGUCGCGAGUUCGAGCCCCAUGUGCUCCACACUUCGGGGUUGGGCAUGACUGGCUGACGACGGCUAAUAAGCCAGAAAUGGCCAUUCCAGUCUCCCUUGUCUUUGUCGGCAAUAACAUUAACCUUUUCGAGUCAGAAAUAUAUUUCGGGAUUUCGGUUACCGUUUCAUGAGAUAGAAUACCGACGGCGGUUCGGAAACCCUAAGCGUAAGGACAACUACCUGUCGGGUUCAAAGUUAUUCAGAAAUCGAAGAAGCUUGUCAAAACAUAGGAUGACUUUUUCUCGACUAUGAAGUAUUAUGAAGAUGCUAUCUGCUGUCGGAAGGACAAAAGAGCCCCUAUUUGCGUUGUUUUUAUAAAAUAUAUUUGAAUUAAUAGGCGCACCGAAAUCCAAUGGGGAAAAAUCAUACUACAUAGGUUACCAUGGAUUACUGAGUUUGGUUUUUUACAGUUAAACGCAAAGGAGCCGACAUUCUGGCAUGACUAAAAUAACUUUGCAUUAUGCUGCAGGAUAAUCGUUAUUCCGUCUCCACCUAAGUAUUCCUUUUUAGCACAAACAUAUUCCAAAAUUUCGAUUAACAUUUCAUGAGAGAGAGAGAGGCCAAAUAUGACAUUUUCCAUGGAACUUUGCGUUACUUCUCCCCACAUGUCUACCCCACAGCCGAUGAUCAUAUUCCAUACCCUUCGCAUCGGUUUGUUAUUGGGACUUUGUUGAACGUAGUGUACUCAAAUUUCGCUAGGCCCUUAAGUAGGUCGUCGGAUUCUUCCGUCACUGCAGACCUCCAGGCUGCUGUCCGCGUCGCCACAAGACAGUGGGAUGGAACACGUACUGGUGAGACGAGACUUUGGAAUUUUAAGCAUCAACUGACCGGCAAGCUACUUUCCAAACUGUAAAAAAGUCAGAGGCAAGACUGCGAGGGGAUUUGGGCAAGGAGAGAGAGAGUUUUAAUCAGGGUUUAACACUUGCGUUCGUGAAGACAAAAAGGAGCACCUUGUCGCACUACUCAGCAAGGCCACUGCAACUGACCCUCGUCUGAUUGGCAGCAGCUCGGUAUAAGUGGGGCCGGAGAGGACAGGCGACGGGCUCUAGUCCUGAAGCUUCCCAGCAUGUGGGAAGAAUAGCACAAGGUGCAACCCAAUCGGACAAGCAAUGAUUGUAGCGAACUUCCCCACAGUUGACUCCGGCACGGUAAGCACAUGGCCGAUCAGGAUCCCCGCAACACUUGAUUCACAUUGGUAAGAGCCGAUGCAAGUGACGAGAGCGAACUUCCUGUCGACCAAAGCAGAGCUUCUGUGCGGAAUGCAAGGGCGAUGCAAGGAAUAUAUAAUGUUACUACUUGCGGGUAGAUGGAGGUCAACGGUAAUGAUUGUCUUGGAUGGUUGUCAUGGGGAAGGCAAGGCUUCCCUCUGGGGUCUGUUAGAGUAGUGUUCUCACCUGAGACGAGCCAGUCUAACGCGCAUCUCAGUGAACUUCGAUACCUGAGCCGUCUCCAAGGAAACCGACUGACACACUUCUGAGGUCCGCUUAAAAUUCAUAAACUCGGGGGUAUGCGUUGACCCGCUUCUGCUUAGAGCAAUCCUGACUACAACAGGGCCAAAUCGAUGGAAGGAAGAUUAAUUUUUGAACAAUUGUUUUCCUAUUUGUUCAACGAGGAUCAUAUCAAGAAGCAAACAGGAAGCUACCACAGCGCAUGCCAUGCAUUCAGAAGCGUUUCUGAAUAAAUGGAACAUUUUGCGGCAACGCUGGAUAUCUGUACAGGUAGCUCAACCAAGACGUAGUAGAAAACUCUCGUCUGCUUAUAGGUCUGACGUAUAAUUUUGUACUGAUAACUGCUCUGACCAAAUUGGCUAAAGGCUGGAUUUCUAUCGCUUUGAGCACAAAAGGGGAUUAACCAGAAAUAUUAGGCGCUAGACAAGUUGACAAAUCCUGAUUGCCGGCUGUCGUCUUCGAGAAGCCAAAUAAGAAACAGUGAUUCUGGUGUGUGCUUGUACGGUUUCCUGUUUAAAACCAUGGACUUGAAUGUAUGAUGAUCAUUUUAGAUGUCUCGGAAACCACUUUUAUGCACAAAUGGUACACAUUAGUACGGUCAUUCCAGAUGAACAGUUUUAAUUUUCCAGUGUCUCUGCCUACUGAGGAUGUAAGGCCACUCAGUCGAGAGUUAAAUUUUCUACACCGCCCUCUUUGCUACAAUUUUGGAUAGAGUUGAAGGCUUAUUGCCCUUUAAUAACGACUCUUUUGUUAGUUAGGCGAAAUCGCUCUACAAAAUCUGACUUACAGGGCAUUUUGUCUUGCAUUCUCCAGACUACCAAUGUUUCCUCCUCGGGAAGUACGCUUACGAUCAUGGACAGUAUGCUAGGGCGGAGGAGUGGUUCCGUUUAGUGUUGAAACGCAUCGAGACGGGUAACAGCAUCCGAGGUAGUCCACAGACUGAGGAGGUCUUCCCCCUGCCCCUGGAAGGCAUACUAGACUACCUGCAGUACUCAGUUGGAAGGGUAAGUUAACGUUAUCUCAUCAGAAAGCACAACAGUUUCUUCGAUCCCCUUCAUUCUGCCCACUUGCUUAUUCUAGGCAAUUUUCCUAGCCUAUUUUUCAAUAGCGAAAGCAGGACACUCGUUGUUCGGAUUCAUUUAUAUAUAUGGGCAGAAUGAUAUAACCGACAAAGACAAGGGAGGCUUACAUGGUCAUUUCUGGCUUAUCAACCGUCGUCAGUCAGUCAUACCCAGCCCCGAAGUGUGGAACACCCGAGGCUCGAACUCGCGACCUGUUUGUUAGAAGUCCACGCCUCUAAGCACUGAACCACACUUCGGGGUUGGGUAUGACUGGCUGACGACGGCUAAUAAACCAGAAAUGGCCAUCCCAGUCGCCCUUGUCUUUGUCGGUUAUAUCAUUCUGCCUACAUCAUGCACCGCUGUGCGGCUGCUGGUUGAGCUCGAGAGAGAGUCCAUAAGACACAACGGAACGAGUGACUUCCGUAAUAACGAUCGGUGAGUGUCCCCUACCAUUAUAUAUAGAUAUAUAUUGCGACUCGCUCCCCUGCUCUUUGUCCUGGAGCCAGUGCACUCGUAUGAAGCAUGCAUUAAUCGGCAGAUGCCACAUAUGCCACUUCCCUUUUAUCCACUUUCUUGGAUGCCGGUAUAUCAGUAUGGAUAUAUGCAGACGCGAAAGGGUGAUUAAUAAAGAGUAUCCACGAAUUUUUACUUAUUUACAAAUGCAAAUGAAGAUGUCAGCCUUUAGUAUGGCACAUAACGUUUUUACCCAGCCCGAAAUUUGUAUAUUUCGGGUUUUCAUUUAGGCUGAUUUGCGAGUUUCAUUAACCAGUCAGUUCUAGAAAGGGGUAUAGAGAUAUUUCAUUCAAUCCUUAAAAGUGGUGGUUUUCGGGGUCUAGAAGCUUACGGGAAUAUCUGUAAUCUCCCUUCGUAACCAGAAAAGAGAUAGGUCGAAACGCCUAAAGUGAAAACCGAUUCUUUUCACCUGAAAAUCUAUUCGUCAACCCAAAGUCUUGAGUAAUCCGGAAUAAUCAGUCAGGCAUGAUGUUAUUGGAACUUUAGUACAGCGCUCCUUUUGAGUGUAGCUUCACCAUUUACAUGACUUCCGCAUUCCUGCAACUAAUUAGGCCGUUCAGGUGUUCAGGCGGGGGUAUGGGUUACCAAGAAGGGCCUUAAGCUCAGUGAUGAGACCUGUGAAUUCAAUAGAAUUCAAUCAAUAAAACUCCAAAUAAUCUUUAUGCAACAAUUCCAUGUGUGUUAUUUGUUUUCCCGACCUAUUCUGAUGAACUUCCUUGAAAAAAGCUGACUAGUUGAAUAUUUGAAAAUAAGCUUCUGUCUUUUACUUUCAGCGAGGUCACUAUCGUGAAGCCAUGGAAAUCACCCAGCGACUACUCAAAGAAAGUAGGUUUUGGUUUCUGCCACAUCUCACCCCUCAUUCCAGAUCCGAACAAUGAGAAUGCUCUGAAAAGCUUGCGAUUUUAUGAAUCCGAACUCGUUCGUCUGCAUGGAGGAGAACCCUUGCCUAGCGCGGAGGAACGUAAGCACAUUUGCAGAGUUUUCGCAUGGCCUCUCAUUUGAUUCUUUAUCAUCGAAAACAUAAUGCUGCGCAUAUAGAACGAGAUGCCGUUUUCAUUGUUGCACGGUUGGGUGCUAUGGGGGGAUUCGUUUUGAUGCAUUCAAAAGAGACGUCCCAAAGCGAGUAGUGUGAUUUUUUGAUUUACAGGACUAUUCAUAUUCUGUAUUCUUGUUCAAUGCGUCGGAUGCAAGUAGAAAUUCGAGAAUCCAUUUCCGAAACGCCUAUAUAGACCUUUAAUCAAAGACUACUAAAUGAGUGGGACAGCCAUAACUGUGGUCUCGCUGCAGCCACCCCGUUUGUGUUCGUAGCCUGCAACUCAAAAUAUUUGAGCUAGGGAGACACCGGCUAAACCCUCACGCCUAACCCUAUCCACGAGGAUCACCUUCCUUGAGGUACUAUUCCCUCUGACUAUAGGGUUUUACUAACAGUUUCUUGGCACUUCGACUUAUAAUGCGCACCAUUUAAAGAUUUGUAGCUGCUCUUUUUCCUGCGAGGAUAGGGUAGGGCUCCUUAAAAAUUUACACUCGAACCAUAUGUUACCCAACUAUAGGUUGGCCAAUCAGCUCCAAACCUUUUGCCACCAAAUAUACAGCCGGUAUCGUAUAACUUCCAAGCGGUAAGAUCCUAUUUCCUAGCCGCACCUGUUAUGGGUUAGGGUUAGCGGUUUAGAGGUUAGGGUUAGGGGGUUAGUGUUAAACCCCCUAUUACCACCAGUCCCGUAUGAUAGACGGCUGAGGCUUGUUUACUGUAGAUGCGGCUACGAAAUAAGAUUCGACCUUCCAAACUCUCCGGCUUGCAAUUAUUAUACGCUCUUGAAAUUAACUGGUUUUGAGGUGUCAAACGCAGGGAAGCGGGUUCGGCUCCCAUUGAAGAAUGCUCACAGGCCUCGUAUGCGCUUGCUUUAGCUAAGACGCCAUCAUAUGAGGCAUAUAUUCGUCCACAUCUUCGGAAAUUUGACUUUAAGUCGCGGCAAUCAGCAUUUUCUACUUAGAUAUUUCUUAGAACGUUUGUCUGCGUGUACUCUGGAACGACCCAAACUUUUCUUGAUUUCAGCUAGCAAGCAUCUCAGGGCCUUAAGUUUCAUGUCCGUUCAGAUUCAUUAAAGCGUAGAUUUUAUGGCAGUCCUUAGCGGUGGGCAAGAUCAUUUACCUGCAGAGUGCUCCAAGACUGCAUGAUGAAUAUUACUACUUCUUUUCGCGAAAGUAGGCAGCAACGAAACUGAUUGCAUAAGGCAUCAGUGACGAAUAGAGAGGUCAGGCAGUGUAUAAUAAAGCAUCCUGUCCGCAAGAUGUGAAAUCUGGCCGAAAUUUUCCCACUGAUGGAUCAGGAAGAUAUAGUUUUUUUAGUUAGAAGGAAAUGGUGAUAGUUGUGAACUAGUUUCCUUUCGUUUCUGUUUUUGCAAAGCAACUCUUCACACAGAGCUUUCUUAGCCCACAAAGUUCGGAUAGCUGCCGCAUACCCUGAGUUGGUACUUCAGACUGAUCUGUACAUGUUUUUUUCGUAUAGGCAGCCUUUCCAGAAAUAAGAUUUAGUCGGAUAAUUAGGUUCAGACUUGAGGAUGUCAGGUUGUGCGCAUGUGAGAACCUACUCAAGUACCCCUAAGUAACGCAUAUCAUCAGAAUGUAAAAAAAUUGAAAUCACCACUCGCCCAGUCCCAUUUCAGGCUUAAAUAGGGUAUCCUAUGGGAUGUAACAUCUGAGUAUUUUGCAGUUAGUUUUCUUGUUCAUUCAUCUUUAACGACAACUACUACUGACUUUCUGGGAACAUUUGGUGAUUAACAGGAAAAGAAACUGAGCCUCACUAAGGGUUGCCUAACAGUAGUACAAAACAGAAACUUCCUGGUCUCAGACGGAGAGGCCGCCGAAUUGUCUCCUAGAAUGUACUUAUUAGAACAAAAACGUCAGCGAUUCAGAAGGAUGCUGGGCGUUGGUUCGACUUUGCUCGAAAGUUUGCCAGAUGGCGUGUAGUUGUAAAGGUUUCCUCCUAACGCGGCCUCACAACACCCUUAAUCGAUAUGAUACCCAAAUUAGUGGAAUCCGAUCUGCCUUUAUUGGGGUACAGCCACAUAUCCGUGACGGCCAUAGACGGGAGAGAGUACCCACCCAGCCGUUGUGUUUACGCCUAUCCGAAGUCGCCCAGAUCUUGGCUUUCCGCGUGAGCAUGAUAAGUGUGUCAAGUAUCCCUCAGCGUACCCUGAAUAAAGACCAGGUCACACCAGACUUCACCGUCUUCCCUUGUGUCAAAUAUGCAAACUGGUUGGCCAAAACAUUCGUGUUCGCCCUGCGCCACCCACUGAUUCUUCUGACCAGUUCCAUGGUCAUGGGGCAAGGUAGAGGACCACUCAGGCGCAUGGAACUAUCCAUUUGUUUCGUGCCAUCUAGGUUUCCUGUCGAAACACUUCGGCAUUUAACCAUGUAAAGGGCUCACACGGCAAUCUUCUGGUACCGUCUUAUGAACGCGCGAAACGCAGGUAAGCCUUAGUACACAAUUUUAGUGUCGAUCUGACGAUGCGCUGUAGAAAAUUUAGGUAAGAUCGCAGUUGGUAGCCAGGUAUUUUAUGCUGAUACUGUCGACACACGUACUUGUUAUCAGUAGGUAGGCAUACCUUGUCUAGGGAAGUUGGUAUCUGUAGGUUUGCUCUGACUGAGUCAGGUAGGUCGCCCGUGUCGGUUAGGCUGUUAGGUUUAGUGAGAGUUAGGGUUAGGCUUAAGUUAAGUUUUAGGAUAAGGGUUCGCGUUUUGGGUCAGGUUUCAUUGUUAGGGUUAGGGUUUAUGUUCCCGUUAUGGUUCCUGUUAGGGUUACGGUUAAAGUUAAGGCUAGGGUCAAGCUUAAGGUUAGGUUUAGGUAUUAGGUUAACGUUAGGGUUGAGGUUAGGGUUAUGCUCAAGGUUAGGGUUAGCUAUAAGGUUAACGUUAGGGUUAAGGUUAGGAUUAGGGUUAAGGUUAGGUUUAAGGUCAAGGUUAAGGUUAGAAUCAAGGUUAGGGUUAGGAUUAUGGCUAGGUUUUGGAUUAGCUUUGGGUUUUAGGAUUUUGGUUACGUUUCGGAUUUGAGGCUUAGGGUUAGGCUUUACGGUUGCUGGUCAGAGUUGUAUUUUAGGGUUAAGCGUAGGGUUUCAUUUUCUGCCAUUAUUGCACCUACUUAAAACUUCCCAGCACUUUCCCUGGUAACUUUACUUUUACUCAGAAACUCCAGCAUUCCUUUACCAGCCCUUUCAUUUACCCCAACUACAUGAUCCCCUUUCCCACUAUUCCCGUUCGACAGGGGCCUUGCUGUCCGCCUCCCCAUUCCUGGCUACCAACGGCGACCUAACCAAAAUUAGUUUCGGUUAAAGCGGACAUAAGAUGUUUUUAAGAGUGAAGAAACAAAAUGUGACAUAAUUAAGUAAGCCCUUACCCUCUGCACCGCAUUAGCUCAGUAAAAAUCGAAACUCUAUUCAACAACCUGUCAGCAAAACGAGAAUUAUUACCGUUGUCACCCCGUCACACAUCCACUCGAAACCAGACAGAUCGGAAUCUCAAGGUCGGACUCUUUAGACAGUGAGCAGUAAGGUAAACAGUUUACCAGAUGGACCCCGAACUCUCGUUCCGCUGACUGGACUCAGAAAUAUACAAAAUCAGGCAGACAUUCUGUUCACUGAUUUAGCCUGUAGCGUCGGCAGGCCGAAGACGAGGGAUUCAGGUUUGUCUUGGUGUACCUGUCCAUUCCAGGGAAGUUUGUUCCCUCCGCUGACUGGGUCAGCAGUUAUUGGCCAAAACCGCUGCGACCGGUGUCUUCCCUCGUAAGAACAAACUUGGCCGGGGUUUUGGCUGCGAUCGGCAGCACUAAUAGUCACGUAGAAGUGGCGGUCAGCUAUCUACUGCGGACGGAAGACGGAACAUUGGUGUUCCUUUUUGCCCUGGAGUCCUCGUAGACGGUUGCAUAGGGACAACCCCGAUUGAUACCCCAGGGGUCCAUCCGAAGAAGGCAAGUGAGUUGGGGUAUCGGUGGCUGCCAACUGCAUAUAAUCUAACAGUGGUUAUUUAACCCUCUACCUUGCCUCUGUCAGUAAGUAGUUUCCAUUCAUGGAUCCUGUAGUCCACAUGACGACUGCCCACUUACGAAAUAAACUUAAUGAGAUCUUCUGUUUCACUGACGGAAAAUGUGGCUGCCCCUAGGAACGACUCAAGAGGACUCCGAGGUGGCUGUCUACGAGCGGCUUUGUCGCACUGUGAACACUUCCGCUGUUCGAGAUCCGCGGCUGAUCUGCCAUCUCACCGUUCCUCACCCUUUCUUCCUGGUGGCUCCACUGAAGGAGGAGAUUAUGCAAGUUGAGCCGCCGAUCGUCCUCUGGCACGAUUUUGUCACCGAAAAGGAGAUUGAACACAUCCAGGAGAUUGCUCGACCCCGCGUGAGUCAACUUUGUUGACAGAUUUUCAAUCAGCUAAAAAGUUGCCUUUAACCACCACGGCUGUAAACUGAAGUGCACAGUCUGGCAUUCAGACGAUGACAAACUUCAAAGGCUGGAUGCAAUUGUUCGAUACGUUUUUUAAAAAAAAGCGUUAAAGGGGGAAGCAAGUUUUUAAAUCACGGAAAGGGCGUUUAGCGAUUAGAUUACGGGACACGCUCGUUUCGUUACAACUUGAGGCUAAAAAUAGAGCCCUUGCAGGCAGUCGCAUAACGACCACUAAUUGUGCAGGCAACGAUAGGGUGAAGGAUCCCCUUGGGCCCUCGGUGGACUGGGAAUCGUGUCAUACGGGAAUGGUGGUAAUGAGGUUUUUACGGGCGGGGCAACGCGCAAAACAGUAAGCUGACAAGAAGACGCAGGAUUUCUGCUGAAAGUCUUAGCAUACGCUCUUCUAUGGCAACGGAAGCGAGCGCGUUAAGAGAAAUAUAGACAAAUACCAAAUUUCAAAGAAUAAUAGAAUUUGAGUAAUGGUUGGAGGUCAUGGGAAGUAAUUGUUGUUGGAAAUGUACCAUCUGCAACGGUCUUCAAAUGGGUAAAGUACCAUAUGACACGAUCCACAGUCCACCGACAGUCCAGCGGGACCCUCCAUCCUACCGUUGCCAUUAACCAGGAAGGGUUAUGGACGUCCUUAAAGAAUGAGAUAGUCUUAUUGCCUGAAUUUUCGACAUUUUUACCCCUAGCUCGUCGUCAGACGAGUGGACAGUAUACAAAAAACAGUUAAGUUUAAACCAAGUCUAACAAAGGAUUCUGUGGUUGGUUAACAUUUAUGGUAACAGGUGUGAAAUACAUUGCAAAUUUCGGCAGAAUCUUGUUGCAUCAGUGUGGCAAAGACAACUGCUCUUACAUCCGACGUUUGUAGAUUACACUAUUAUCCCAUCGUCGGACGAAAGGCAAAACACUGUGCUCUAAUUUCGUAUGUAUGCAAUGAAAAACGGCAUCCCAAAAAUUUAAUUUGAAAUAUAUAUAUGCCGAUAACAUAUGAAUAUAUAUUUAUAUCUAAUAGAAGCGAGUAUGCGCGUCCCUGGAGAUAAACGAAGGGAAAAGGCGAUUCCCCUCCCGUUCUCUCUGCCGCCCUGACUUCCUAUGCAAAAAAUCCGUCCUAACAUGACUGUCACCCACCUAUACAUACUGUGAGGCGCGAUACCACACGCAACUUCGGCGAUGGAAGUCUGUUUGCUUUUGAAACGUCAGGGCAGUAAAACUAUGGCUCCGAGGUCGCCUAUCCUUCUCAUAUAGAUAUAAACAAUAAAUCAUAACAAACAGCGGCUUAACUGGAGGUUUUGAAAGUAAACCCCAAGACCCUAUAAACAAUGUUUCGUUUUGCAUUGGAUUUCUGACUUAAAGUGCCAGCAGACGGCGAUAUAUUUAUCAGUAAUUAGUAAUUAAAAUGUGUUGUCUACAAAAACAAGGAAUUCUCGGAGGGUCAUUUCAGGAUUAGCUGACGUUGUCGUCCAGCCGUAUCCAACUGGUCCCUUGUACUGUCGGUUGAGAUUGUAGGAAAGGCGCUCACCGAUCGGGCUACAGGGCAUUCGCAUCCUGUCGCGUCUUGGGACAGUCGUGCACCGACUAGUAAUACACAGUCAGGCGACCGCCAGUGAGGGACAAGAAUGUCGGUAGGUGCUCACCGCUCCGGUGUGUUUCUGCCUUCAGAUGAGCCUGCUCUCAUCUUUUCUGGAAGCCGAUAUGGUCCGCAUUGGAAGCAACUUGAAUCCCGUGCAGCCCCUCCGUAGGACUCUCCUACAGAUCCAUUAAAUGAGGAUUGAGGUUAUGUGAAAAUCAUGACAGAAAUACGGUCGAUAAGUUGAAAGACACUUAAGCGUUGACAAUAAAACAUAAACAUCUAGCCACUGCCUCUUUAGUUGCUUGAAGUUCCUUUCGGCAGCAAGGGCACUUCGGUGGAAUCUUUACGGGAGGGUGUUUACGGGAAAGUUAUGUAAUUCUCGAUAAUUUCACAGCCAGAAAUAUCUCUUCCCGUCUCUCGAUAGCCCCCCCCCCUUAGCUGUUUAUACUACUAGUCGCUGCACGACUGCCUGCCAGGGUUCCUAAUUGAGCCCCAAGUCCCAAUGGGAAUGUUAGAACCCCACAGAAGUAACCCUUCUUAAUCGAAAACACAUUUCAGAAUAACAGCCAACAUUUGAUGAGAUCGGUCACUCACCGUAUAUAUACACAUAUAUUAUUUGCAUAUAUACAGUGCGUGACCUAUCUCAUGAAAUGUUGGCUGAAAUUCUGUAAUGCGUUUUCGAUUAGGAAGGAUGACUUGGUCGCGGAUGUGAUACUGAUUAUCAUAAGGCAUACUCUUAUAACAUUUCGGACUCGGCAUGAUGUCGGCUUUAAAAUGCACUUCUUUUCAAUCCCCUGUAGAAAGCGUGCUCGGUAAAAAAUGACUACAUAAGUAGCAUGCAUUUUUCCCAUUGAUUUUCGAUGGUCUUGGAAAUGCAAAUAUAUUUUAUAGAAACCACAAACAAAAAUAUGCUUUCUUUUAGUCAAUCAAUAUAGAAUCACGCCUUCUUUAUAUUUUAUACUUAAGGAAGGAGUAUAAUUAGGUUAUAAAAAAGUUUUCUAAUUGCCGAAAAAUUUGGAGCCUGAUCAUUCGUUGUAUUAGCGCUUAGUGAUUACACUCUACAAGGUGCAGGCGUUCCGCGUAAAGAAAAUACCAUAUUUUUCUAUGUCACUAAAGAGAUAUUAUACGGGGUCCAUAAAAUUUUGCAAUGGAUGCGGACCAUGUUGUACAUUUCAUGAGGAGCAGUGGUAAACGGCCAGGUACGAUGCUAUGUGAAUGGACAUAUCGCGGUCUUAAAAAGUCUCAUAAUUAGAAACUUUUUUAAAACCUAAUUAUACCCCUUCUGUAAGUAUAAAAUAUAAAGAAGGCGUGAUUUUCUAUUGAUUGAUUAGAAGAAAGCAUAUUUUUGUUUGUGGUUUCUAUAAAAUAUAUUUGCAUUUCCAAGACCAUCGAAAAUCAAUGGGAAAAAUGCAUGCUACUUAUGUAGUCAUUUUUUACCGAGCACGCUUUCUACAGUAGAUUGAAAAGAAGUGCAUUUUAAAGCCGACAUCAUGCCAAGUCCGAAAUGUUAUAAGAGUAUGCCUUAAGAUAAUCCGUGUCACAACCGCGACCAAGUAAUCCUUCCUAAUCGAAAACGCAUUUCAGAAUUUUAGCCAACAUUUCAUGAGAUAGGUCACGCACUGUACACAUUUAAAAUCAAAUUUUUGGGAUGCUUCUUUCAAUGCAUACGUACAAUGCUUUUCUUUGCGUCCGACGAUAGGAUAAUAGUGCAAUCUACAGCCAGAAAUGGCUAUUCCCGUCUCUCGAUAGCCCCUUAGCUGUAUAUACUGCUAGUCGCUGUACGAAUGUCUGUCAGGGUUCCUAAUUGAGCCCCAAGUCACAAGGGGACGAGUAUGUCCCGUGACUUGGUCGGUGGGCGUCCUCCCACCAUAGAAAACAGUGUCUGAAACGUGGAAAGCUAGUGGCGCAAGACUUUUCCGGUCUCAAGUCCUUCUGACUAACAAAUAAUUAAGAAAAUUAUCCGCGCCAAGGUUCGUAAAAUGGCUGAAGACUUGGAAGUCCAACUGGCAUCACAAAUUUACCUGGUCCUGGGAAAGUGCGCUAAUUGGAGUCGGCUUGUGGGAUUUCCCAUGCGAACUGUGAGCGCGAAACACUGUUUCAAUCCCGUCGAAAUGCCAGCGACUAGGAAGACUAUCAGAGGAAACAAAAAUUUAGAUCGGCUUGCGUCACCAGUAUCCCUCACCCCAGCAGAACAUAAAAGAAGAAUGACGAUGCGUGUUCGGAGUUUAUUGCCAUAGCGACCUCGCUUUCGACUGUGUACAGGAACUCUACUUUAAUGACCCCGAGGGAGAAACCUGGAGGUCUUCAAGAAAAAGUGGCAGGCAACGGUCAGUUGAAGCUUUCAUUGCCUUGGGGAGAGUGGGCUUGACUCAUAAUGGCCUCGACACAUCAUCUUAAAGGCGCACCCCGUUUCACCGCGCUAGAUUUCGCCUCUAAAUACGUCUGAGGAGGAAUGUGCAAUAAGUGUUGGCGAACCACUCAAUAGAUUUGUCUAGUGCAAAAAAUUUUAAUUGAAAAUCGAUACCAUUUUCUUGAAAGAAAUUACUUUACACUUCUUCAACUGAAGGUGUAUAAGUAGAUGUCUUCGGUAGGGAAUUUGCGAGCGGAGACUUUGUUUGAUGAGAGAGUCCUGCAAAAAGGGAGGCCUUUCGCCUGACGAAUUCAACCUGGUGAAGUUGUUACCUAAACCGUGGUUCUACAGGCGAAGGAAUUCGGCGUGAGUUGUGUUUGUUAGUUGACGCCUCGUAUAAGAGCAUUCUUUAAAUUUUAAUGAGGAGUCUUAAGAGCAAAAAUUGUUGGAGGGUGUGCUCGUCCUAGGACCGGUGGUUAAAGAGUUCUUUGCUCCCCAAAAAUGUAAUUUUACCUCCGUCUGUGAUGUCAAUAUCUGCAUCGGAUAUCUCAAUCUGAAUCAUGCAAAUGAUACCGAGGUGUGAAUCUAGAAAAGAGUGCAUUUGCCCUCUUCUCCGCAUCGCUAUCUUCUGACUGUCUUGUACACCCUGAACGCAUGUUGCGUACGGGGGGCUGAUUGUUCGUCAAUGAGAGACCGCCUUUAACGUUUAUUUAACACCGGUAAUGCCCGGCAAUGACUGUCGGUCCUAACGCAUUCGAUGAUCGUUCAACUAGUCUGAAAACAUGUUGCCGACAACGCCUGAGGCAGUAAAACUGCGGCGCAGUGAUGGCUGACCUACGUUGAGCAACCCUUCGGCAUUUUCGGUGUCGCCCUCUUGAGUGAAAUGAAAUUUACUCUGUUCAAUUCUUUAUCAGUAUUGUAGGUUUUCGACCUCGUCAAGGCAACUUAGAGGACAUGAGGUUGAUGGCCUUUAGGAUAACGGACCGCAAUGAGCAGUAGUCUUGCGUGUUCCCUCACGGUUCGCAAUCAGUGACCCGUCUCACAAAAUGUCAACCGAAAUCCUAAAAAUGCAUUUUAGACUAAAAAAAUGUUACUUAAAUGGGGUUGCAAGGCUGAUCAUCGUGCGGCAUAAUGCCAAGACACUUUUGUCGCGCCAAGAUGUCGAUUUUUGAAUGCGCUUUUUCUCAGCAGCCUGCGAAAACCGUACUUGGCAAAAAACGACUCUUGAAGUUUUGCAUAUAUUUUGACUUUGUUGUAUAUUUCAUAAGAAUCAUUACUAAGCCCACAAGGCGACGAAUGAAUAUGCGGCCUCUAGUUUCUAUUACUUUAGCACGCCGACUCGUUUCGUUUACGUAAACGUAUCAUAUUAUGGUUACCGUUGUGGCCAAUUCUAGGAAAAUGAUUGUAUUUAACCUUGAGGCUGGGUUCAGAUUAAAGAUUGAGGUUAAGGGGAGGGUGAACGUUGGGGGUUAGAGUUAAAGUUGGGGUUAAUUUUGCCUGCCGCAUACCAUCUUAACCCAUCCGACCUUCUUUAACCCGAUAACAUUGUAUUGCCUGUUUUUCUGCCCGUUUAUGCCACUUUAAUUCGCAUUCCUUAAAUUGUGCGAUCUCUUCCGACACCUGGCUGAGGUAGUAAAAUAAACACGCAGCCAAAAUGCGAGUUUUCUUAUAGCCUUCAGCAGAUUCCAUCAAUUACUACUCCCAUCUUGCCGUCUAAUAAAAGUAGUAUAAGCAUCCUUUAAAUAUCGCUGGAGUCCCUGUGGUCCGUUUUCUCAGUUGGACUGCAUAGCCCAUCCUCUUCACGCACAGAUACGAUACCACCUGAAUGGAUAUUUCAAGGUCAUAAAAAGUCCCAUAAAGACGAGCUUCUCGAGCCGAAAUAUGUCCUUCCCUCGAGUAUGAACUUUGAAUAAAACCUGUAAUACGAAAAGCAUAUUUCAUGCAUGUUUUCCAUAGGAUAAAAUUGAAUUUUUGAAAGUAUCAAAAGUCGAUAGAAAAAAUUCAUAGUACCCAUGUGGCCACUUUUUACCAAGUGCGAUUUUUUGCUGGCUGCCGAGAAGAAUUCCAUUGAGAAGCCGGCAUUGUGGCGUGACUGAAAUAUACUUCGAUUAGCCUAGACGAUGAUUAUUAUUACAACAUCACUUGAAUAAUCCUUCCUAAGCUAAAAUUCAUUUCAAAAUUUCGGCUGACAUUUAAUGAGAUUAGCCACUGACUGAACUUUUCCAUAUUCAACUAGUUCCCUACCAGUGUGUUUGAAAAGGGACACAAUGUGCUGCAUUUACUGGCGCUUUCGCAAACCAUCAAGCGCCGGCGGCCUUGAGGCGACAAAAACGUGACGGGCACUAGGGUCCUUCACGGCCACUUCACUCCAGUUCCCAUUCUUUGCAGACAAAAGAACGGCGAAUAUACAGUAGGUGGUCUAACUCAUGAAAUGUCAACCGAAAUUCCGCAAUGCGUUUUGGUUUCGAGAAGAUUAACUAAGUAGGGUUGUAAAAUUAGUCAGCCUGCAACAUAACUCUAUUAUAUUUCAAUUACCGCAGGAUGCCGGCUUUCGAAUGAACUUCCCUCCGGCCGCAUUAAGAAACGACACUCUGUAAAAAACGCCUACUUAAAUAGCAUGAAUUUUUAUAAUUAAUUUUCAAUGCCCCUAAAAGUCCAAUUAUAGUUCAUGGAAAACAUGCAUAAAAUAUUCAUUCUUUUGCCAAUUCGGUAGAAAAUUACGUUUUCUUCUAAUUCUGUAUUCGAAUGAUGGAUGCAAUUCGGUUUUAAAAAAGUUUCUAACUGUGGGACUUUUAAAUACCGUGAAAUGGCCGUUCAUAAAUCCUCGUGUCCCUGCAUCUGCCAAUGCGCCUUGUAAAAUUAACAAUGUGGCUCAUAUCCACCGCUAGCUUUUAUGAACCCCAUAUGGUGUCCUCUUAAUACCGUAGAGAAAUGUAUGGUUUUCCGUACGCAGAAAAUAUAUGGUUCGUAGUUUUUUAACCCUGAAUUUAAGUGUAACGGCAGGGCGGGGUUCAAAACUAUUCGGGAAUUUGAACAGUCUUAAAAAAAACGAAUGAUAUCCUUCCUUCGAGUAUAAAAUUGGAAGAAGAAGUGAUUUUCUACCGAAAAAGCAAAGGGAUGAAUAUUUUCAUACAUGUUUUCAGUGAAAUAUAAUUGGACUUUUAGGGGCAUUGAAAAUCAAUGAAAAAAAUGCAUGCUACGUAUGCAGUCGUUUUUCACAGAGUGCAGCUUUUGCAUGCAGCGGGAGGGAAGUUCGUUCGAAAGCCGGCCUCCUGACGUAACUGAAGUAUUUGAUGAGACCCCGACGGGUUUUUAAUAAAAAAUUAUUAUUGUAGAAUUGUUUCGCAGGCUGACUAGUUUUACAACCUUUCUUCAUUAAUCUUUUCGAAACGGGAACGCAUUUCGAAAUUUCGGUUGACAUUUCAUGAGUUAGCCCACCUACUGUGGUUAUAUCUUUCUUCUGUUAUUGACAAGUGAGGGCAGAGUAUUGCACGAAACCACCGACAAAUUGACUUAAUUGAGCAGCUUAAAGACCACAGAAAGUUGUACAACCCUGAAUCCUGUGUAGUUUUUGCUCCCAAAAAAACCUUCCAGUCUUCAAUGAACGCGACAAAUUUUGUUGUGUACUUCUUCAAGAAGAGCAUAUAGUAGGUGGAAAUCCUUUAAAGCAACGUUUGUCAACUUCUCUCUACCUCCAAUAUAAUUUUAAACACUCCUAAGGUUUCGAAAAGUCUUAUAUCUAAAGGCAUUUUUUACUUCUUCAUGACACCGUAGCUCCGUCGGGCGACUGUGAGGAAUCCAGUUUCCGGCAAGUUGGAGACGGCUCCGUACCGCAUUACUAAAAAGUAAGUAGCACUCACAAGGUUAUCCAACAUCCUUUAUUAACAUAUAAGUCAGAAAAUUUUCUCUACUUGUUAAAACGGUCCCCAGUUGUCUACCGAGGCAGAAUCAAAUGAGAAUAUUGGCUAGAGAGCCCACGUUUCCAGCAGUCAAAUCUCAACGUCAAAGUUAGGGUUAGGUUGCAGGGACAAGGACUCCACUCGCGCUGCAGGUGACCUUGCCGUAUCCUAACUCUAAUCUUAGUCCUAAACCUAGCAUGGGUCAGAUGUGAUCACGUAGUCGCACCUGAGCUAAACAAACCCCAGCCACCUGUAAUACGGAACCGGUGGUAAGGGGGAUUUUACAGGUGGGGCUUGGGAACGCACAGGCGACGAGGUCAAGUGGCUGUAUGCAGAAGAAAAGCUAUUUGGAAAUACGCUGUGGUACUUUGAGUGGUUGAGAAAUAGUUGUCCUAACCCCUAACCAUAAAUCCUAACUCUAACCUCUAACCCCAACCCCUAGCUCUGACCCCUAGCCAUAACCCCUAUGCCCUAACCCAUAGCCGCAGCCCUGAAAUUUGACCUUGAAACAUCCAAUGCGAAAGUUAGGAGGUUACGACAGGCCGAAAGUCAAGAAGGGCCACCGGCAUAGGGCCGAAAACGUAGACACGGCAACAAAUAAACAAGGCCGCCAACAGAACACACACACUGCAACGCACAGCAACACCAUGUCGACGUGAUCACACCAACUCAAAAUAAUUAACUAGGUCAACAGUAUCGUGUCCAUCAAGUGCGGCUACAUAACAUCUUACCAUAACAUGCUUCACACUAGCUCCAGCCCAAGGCCAUCUACACUACGGGGGCCAUACUCCCGGAGACCAUUAAAGGUAAAUUGGGGUCAUCUAAGUGAGGCUAGCAGUUUAGGCAAUAAAAUUUCACGGCGUGCACCAGGACAAACAGCAUAUUGCCGUGAUUCCACAGCUGGCGGGCGUAACUGCGAGAGUUCACCGGGCGGUCUGAGACCAUCUUUCUGCAAAGCGGUCGCCACAGUUGUGCAAGCCCAGGGGAUUCCUGUGCGUUUUUGGCGACUCUAGACCUGGAAGCCUGCAGUUUGUUUUAAAAAAUACUCUCAGAGUUGAUCACUUCAGCAAUGUCUUGUUACCUACAAAUGAGGUAGACCAAAAACGCAUCUACCUGGAUACUUCGUGCCGUAUUAGGAUUUUUGAUGUCAUCGAUGAGAAAUUUGCAAGCUUGGAGUAAAUUCCUUAGGAAAAGCUUUUCAGGUUUGUUCCGAACGUCGAUAUGGACGCUUGAGCUACGGAAAGUGGCGUGCGUAACGCCGUUGACAGAUUUCAAUUGCUGGAAAGACGUUGAACCGGACACAUUCACCAACACCGUGCGAAGUAAGAAGCAGUCGUCCUGAUUGGGAUGCACGCUGUGCAGUCUGCAGUUUGUUCUAAAAAUAUUCUCAGAAUUGAUCACUUCGGCAAUGUCUUGCUAUCUACAAAUAAGGUAGACCAAAAACGCAUCUACCUGGAUACUUCGUGCCGUAUUAGGAUUUUUGAUGUCAUCGAUGAGAAAUUUGCAUGCUUGGAGUAAAUUCCUCAGGAAAAAGCUUUUCAGGUUUGGUUCGAACGUUGAUAUGGACGCUUGAGCUGGAAUGUCUCGACUUCGUUCGGCUACCAACAGGCAGGCAGUCAGCAAUAUGCUAAUACUGAUUGAUUUGCCCUGCCCCAACACGCCUACUGACUUAAAGCCCAAACACGUGUUUCGCUCACUUUUUUCAGCUGUCUGCCGUAUCUUCAGCAGUUACGGUAUAUGUGUUGCCCUCUGAGCGUUUUACAUACGCUUUCUGGUAUAUGAACUAUAGGUCUCACUGUUGAUCAUUUUAGUUUCUAGCAGCUCUGGUGGGGGGGGGGCAAAUGCGUCAAUUUACAAAAUGCCCAUAGGCCAUAUUUCUACGUAGGCAUACUCUUUAAUACAAAAAGCGAAAUAGGGUAAGGGGGCGAUCAUCAAUCAGACUACGGGACAUACUCACCCCGUUUUUGCCUUAAGGCUCAACCUAAGGCCCUCACAGGCUGUUGCACGCCGACUGGUAAUGUAUGCAGAAAGAAAUUACCGACAAAGUCAAGGAGGAUUUGGGUGGUCCUUUCUGGCUUGUUAGCCGUCGUCAGCCAGCCUUAUCCAACCCCAGGUUUGGGGCCACAUGAGGUUCGAACCAACGUUCUUCUGGUUAUUAAGCGUUCAUAAAUCCAACAUCCUAACCAAUGAGCCUGUUGCGGCACAGCCGUGAGAAUGGGUGUAGUCUUAGCGCUACCAUAAAUAGGGCAAAUCCAAUGUUGGAAGGAGAAGACGGAAGACACCAGAAUGAGGGUUUUAUUGUGCACAGCACCCGGAGUUGUCCUCUCAGGCGGUAGUGGCCACUGGCGAAGCCAGGGCUGGUGUUGACUGUGUUCAGUCAUGCCUGAGAGCCCUUGAGAUAGUGGUGGCGGCCGCUUUUGUAGGCUCGUGGGCCAAGCUCAAGCGGUGUCCAGUCAGUGUGUGUGUUGCAUUUGCCGAGGGGCGGUAUCCCAGUGGCUCAGGUUGCGGUUGCAGGGGGUGGAGUGCGUUCAAGUGGCCGCAUGGGCAGCUGCGGCGGCUGUUCGGACGCAGGUAUGCCCGAGCUGUCGGCUGUGUGGCUUCAGGUCAGCGUGUCUGGAACGGCUCACUGCAAAAGGGUGGAUUAUCUGGAGGCAGCGAGGUCUUGAACAAUGACGCCAGACCGGUCAUGAUGGCUGCCCGUUACAAAUCAAUGAGCUCCUUAUCUUGUCGCCCGCGAUCGACAGUAUUAACUUGAUCGAGCUCCCAUGCACGCCGAAACAGGUAUAUCCAGUAAGCCAAUCGGUGAAGGUCCUUCCAGCAUAGUUUAUGCACCCGAUCACAAUCUACGAGACGAAUUCAUGAAUCAUUGGUUAGAGUGUUGAACUUUAUAACCGGGGCUCGAGCCUCAGGAGUAACCAAGCCAGGGGUUGGGUUAUACGAAGGCGUAGGCAUGGAAUAUACAGUGGGAAGGCUAACUCAUGAAAUGUCGGCCGAAAUUUCGAAGUGCGUUUCUGUUUCGAAAAGAUCAAUUAAGUAGGGUUGUAAGAAUAAUCAUAGUCCAGCAUAAUUCUAUAAUGUUUCAGUUACCUCAGGGUGCCUCCUUUCGAAAGAACUUAUUUCCGACUGCAUGCAUGAUCUAUAUUCUGCAAAAAAUGACUACUUAGGUAGCAUGCAAUUUUCUCAUUGAUUUUCGAUGCCCUUAAAAGUUAAGUUAUAUUCCGUGAAUAAUACUUAAAAUAUUCGUUCAUUUGUUCAUUUGGUAGAAAAUUACGUCUUUUUUUCAAUUUUAUACUCGAAGGAGGAGUAUAAUUCGGUUUCAAAAAAGUUUCUAAUUGUGAGAUUUUUUAAUACCGUGAAAUUGCCGUUCAUAAAACGUCAUGUAUCUGCAUUUACCAAUGUGGCUUGUAAAGUUAACAAUAUGACUUAGAGUCACUGCUAACUUUUAUGACCUCCAUGUGGUCUCCUCUUAACACCGUAGAGAAAUGCCUGAUUUUCCGUACACGGAAAAUAUACGACUUGUAGUUUAGAAACCCCGAGUGCAAGUAUAACAGCAGGUCUGGUUUAGAAUUAGUUGGAAAUUGGAAGAGUUUUUUUAAAAUCGAAUCAUACUCUUCCCUCGAGUAUAAAAUUGGAAGAAGACGUGAUUUGCUACCGAACGAGUGAAAAAAAAAUGAUUAUUUUAUGCAUGUUUUCCAUGAAGUAUAAUUGGACAUUUCGGGGCAUUGAAAAUCAAUGGGAAAAUUGCAUGCUACUUAAGUGGUCAGCAUGUGAUUUCUCUUCAGCAGCUUGUCCAUCCUGGAAAUGGCAACAAACUCGAUAGAAUAUGCAAACACACAAAACUUAGACAGUAUAAAAAAUGCAAUUAAUAUAAAGUAACGCUGGGUCGGUUGACCAUCGGGAUUUGGAUCGGCCACCCUCAACUUCUGACCCUCGAUGACCAGCUCUUCGGCCUGGUAUCCUUAAAAGUAAAAAGAAGACCUGUAAGCCUGUUAUGUCCUUCGGCCUUUCAGAUGGUUAUGAAUUUCUUGACAUAAAAGUCAUAUUCGCAAAUCUGAGAGGAGUUAACCGUUCGGCAAUUUCAAAAGCUGGACUAAAAUGGCUAUUUUCAGUUCAGUCGCUGCUGUCAUCGACUGCAAUCUACACAGACCCGGUGGCCGUGAUGUCGCCUCUUAUUUAGUAACCUCGAGGGAGAAAGAUGUCGAACCCCACGUUGCCUAGACUGCAUACCAAUUCAUUAUUGAUUCGAUUAAUUACUCCGGCUAGAAUCGUCUUGUAACAGGCUCUGAAAAGCCCAAACCCUAGUCCUGAUCUUUAUUGCCAAGGGAGCGCCUUAAUUCUUCCUUGUAUGAAAGGCAGACCUAACCUUGACCUUUAUUCUUCCCUUCAGCAAGCACCUAACCACGACACUCCAUGUAAACAUAUCACAACACGUACUUCAAAAGCUUGGCAAGAGUUUAUUUUGCCGCAAAAAAAAUCAGGAGAAAUGAGGCUUCACUGACUAGACCUACACCCAGCCCAGAGUAGGGCACAGCCCCAACACUAUUUUUAAAUCCCUGUAUCAUAAAAAACGAGGUAAAAAAGAGCAAGACACACUUUAUAAGCGAUCGUUGUAGGCGGUUCUUCCGAGUAUAUUGUUGUUUAGAUGACUAACUGACGGCCGUUUAAUAAAACCGUUCUGUUUUCGGUCCCAUCUACUCGAGUGUAAAGCAAGUUUUGCCUGCCAUUUAGUCAAAUUACUUCCUGCACUCCAAACCACAAAACUGUUACAUCUUUUCAGCGUAUGGCUCCCCAACGACCUCACACCCAUAAUCAAGUCCAUUAAUAAGAGGAUCGAAUUUGCAACUGGACUGAGUAUGGAAGAGAGCGAGGAGUUGCAGGUCGCCAAUUACGGUCUCGGGGGCCACUACGCUCCCCACUUCGAUCAUGCACGCGUAAGUGGCUGACUUUUGCGCUUUCAGAGAAUAAAAGCACAAGGACUGUGCUUGUGCUUUUCUCUCCUUCAGUCCUGCUUUCUUGAGAGGCUGCAGGUGCCCGACGCGGGUUAAAUCACCGAGAUUUCCCAAUAGCCAUAGUACUAGCUGCUUCCCAAAGCAACAUUUAUUCCCCCCCCCACCCCCUCCGCGGUGAUCAAGGUAUUCACCCACAGAACGGCUGGCAAAAUGCAGAUACGAGAUAGACGCGGGGUAAGAUGUGGUUAUGGAUUCCCACCUGAUGGACAAAAUACUGCUAAUAGAAGCGAAAAGACUAGUCCCAGGAAGUAGUCUUGAAUAAGGAGACACGAUCGCUGGGACAAGAGCUUUAUUAACCUGACGUUUCGGAUUCCUGCUCGAAUCCAUCAUCAGAGACAACAGUAGAUAUGGGUAAUUCACGCACAAGGGGCUGCAGUAUUUAUAGGAUGCAGUCGCCAUGCUACCGCCUUAAUGGAGCCCCUUGAGCGUGGAUCACCCAUAUCUACUGUUGUCUCUGAUGAUGGAUUCGUGCAGGACUCCGAAACGUCAGGCUAAUAAAGCUCUUCUCCCAGCGAUCGUGUCUCCUUCUUCAGGGACAUAAUACUGUCGGGGUUGGGGUUAGGGGUUAGGGCAACUGUUUUCCAACCAUUCAGUUGCGAGAUGCAAGCGGUUAGAUGAACGGCAUGUUUUAGGGAGAGGAGUGUGUUUGCAGUCCGGCGCGUUAAGCAACGAGUUCGAUUGCCUAUUUUCGGAGACAGGAGCGUUCUGUGAACAGUGUGCUUUCUAAAACGACCAGAUCGUUCGUCCCACUUUGUGCAUCGCGCGUGGAUAGCCAAUACCGGCUGCGGAUGAGUCAUUUUCCCUGUUCGUGUCUGUCGUGUUCACGCUGUCCAUGCGGCGAUAUCUGGCGACCAGAAACACUGGACCACAGAUGCGCCUCUCUCGGCGAGGCGUAAUUGGUUGAGUUUUCUGGAUUGAUUGGCCUUGACGGUUCAGGUCUCCGCCCGUAUAGUAGCGUUGUCAGGACUAGCGCCCCGUAUAUUUUGAGCUUCCCGUUGUGCCGAAGUCGAUGACGGUUCCAGAAGAUGGCCUGCAACCGGCCAAAGGUCCAGCUGGUUUUGGAGAUAUGAUGGACCACUUUGGAGUCGGUUUUGAUGCUGCUUAGGAGUGUACUACAUAGAUGGGCUAAGUCAUCCACGGUGAUAGAGGGGUGCUCACCGAUCGUCCUUUCGGAACUCACUCGUUCCGUUGUGCCUUACGGGCUCUCUCUCUCUCGAGCCCAACCAGCAGCCGCAUGGCGGCGCAUGAUAUGUCAUUACCGACAAAGACAGGGAAGACUGGAGUGGCCAUUUCUGGUUUAUUAGCCGUCGUCAGCCAGUCAUACCCCUGGCUCAGUGGUUAGAAGCGUUGAAAUUCUAAAUAACAGGUCGCGAGUUCGAGCUUCAGGCAUUCCACACCUGGGGGUUGGGUAUGACCGGCUGUCGACGGCUAAUAAGCCAGGGGUGGCCCUCCCAGUCUCCCUUGUCUUUGUAGGCAAUAACAUUGUCCUAAAUUUUUGACUUGGGUGCAGUUGACAGUGAUUUGAGUGGCGUUGUAUUCAGUGUUGGGUGAUGGCUGAUGCAUGAGUACCGUUUGUUUAUGCUGAUGGUCAGCUUGAAGCUUGCGUAUCCGGAGGCGAAGAGGUCUAUGCUUCUUUGAAUGGCUGCACCGGAUGCGACAUUGCUGAUAAGGGCGAACAGACGAGUUCCAGGAAGCAGUACAGAAGAUGAGCAUGCGAUCACUGGAACGAGAAAAUUAUUGGUCUGAAUUUUCGGAUUCUCAUUCGAACCCAUCGUCAGAGACUGUCGCAGAUGAGAGGUUGUGACAUUGAUUGCGCAUUCGUCAACGAAGAGUAGCUGAUGUGGUUGUUAGGUCCGCGUAGACUCUUGCACUCGUCGGGUAUUAAGAAGCUGAUGUCCAAUCCGGUAGGCGAUGCUGAUCUUAGGGCCUCAUCACGAUGAACGCCCAUCGAAAAGAAGUAUCAAACCGAGUGUGGGGACAGAUACUGCAAAUGCUUCAAAGACGGCUCCAUUUUCCGCGACGCACGCCAUCAUCCCGGUUAUGGAUCUGACGCACCAUGUGCGUAAGUUGCUCGGGACAUCUAAUUUCCUGCGGGAUUUUCAGGAGCCCAUCACGACUAACUGCGUCCAAGACUUUCGUCAGGUCCACGAAAUUACUAUAGAGGUUGGUAACCGUUUCCUGACACUUCUCUUGCAGUAGCCGGAUCGCAGAGAUCAUGUAGGUUGUUCCGCGGUGUCCUCGGAAGCCAUACUGGCCUCCUGAGAGAAGUCCGUGGUCCAGAUGCCCGUUGAGACGAUUGAGAAGGAUGCAAACGGAGAUUUUUCCGGCGAUUUUUAGCAGCCGCAUUCCUCUGUGGCUGUCACAGAGUUGUUGGUUACUUGACCGCUUGUAUAGAUGGGCGAAAUUCUGAAAAUUCUGAAAUUCUGGGAACUUUUCAUUGGCGCCACAUCAUCUGGGGCAUAAUUGUAAAUUUUUCAUCACCCGGGAGCCGCCAUGCAAUUAGAAUUCAACGGGGACCACGUCGGAGCCCGGUACUCACUCGUCAGACAGCUAGUGCACGACUCUACGUGUUUAUGGAAAGGGAGGCGAGGGGUCCAGGUCGUUGUUCGUCUCCACUUAGGGGAACCGGGCAGGGGCGGCGUCAGAGACUGUGGAUGAUCGCUUGAGGACGGUUCUGGAGUGCGCCGCCCAGCGCUUCAAAAUCUGCGAUUUUUCUGUAAGGAGUGUUGAUUAAAGCAACGCAGGGUCCUCUUGAUGUGAGGCAGGAGAAAUGCCUAAAUUUUGACGGAACCAAGUUGGGACCGCCGCGAACUGAAAUCAGUAAGGACGUGACGGGUGUGAAUCAAUGAGACGGGUAUGUCGCCGACCUGCAGCAAUAGUUCUCCGUAGAACCCGAUGAUGAUUAUGAAUGCGGGCAUUUCGAGGGAGCAUUUAUGAAUUUCGAAUGAAGUGAAUCAUGGUUGGGGCGACUUACUGGCUCCAUCCUCCCUUCCCGCACCCCUCUUGAUCAUCUGAUAAGACUGUGUCACGACAAUUAAAGCGGCCGAUCCCUUAUAAGCCCUCCGACAUGGCUAGCCUCUCGUCCACAACGUAACCACGUUUCACCGAAAUUCACUGGUAGCAGGGAGGCACAUCAGCCGCCCUCAUGUGACUUCGUCCGCCUCUGUAAGUGACAACCAGUUUCCCACGAAAGUGCCCAUAAAUAUACUAAAGAGACAACCUUACUGACAUGUGUAUUUCUGACCAGACCGAUACAACCGUAUGGGGAAAUGCCACUCGGGUCUGUAGCUGGCACUCGAUUCGCUAAUUGCGUAUGUACUGCCUCAGAUCUCAGCUGGGCGCCAUAGUUACACGAUUGAAGCGCAUGGCACUAGCGUGUGAUGAAAAAUAACCGCAAGUAAACUAGACCCCACGUCUCGGCGUGUGCAGGACACCAACCCAGAGGUAAACUAAAGCAAGAAGUCUUCUAUUCUAUUCCAUUAGCGCCUAACGCAUUGAGGAGAAAUCUCACCAAGGCGACCAGACCGAAGGCGGAUGGGAGAGUAGCGGCCUGAAAUUUCUGAUAGGAAGUACGGCCACGCAUCUUCUGUGACCUGCUGCACAGUUCGCGUUGCUGAGGGAGAGAGUGUAGGAGAGGGAAAAGAGUUUUUACAGCUGCCGGAGAAGAUUGACACAUCGUAAGGCACAUGCACUAGGGAGGGGGUCCUCGCAGUAUAGGGGAAAACACAACUGCAACCCCUCUAAUAUGGGAAUUUCCGCGAACAGAACAGCAGGAUGUUAGAAAAGCCAGAACCGCGAGGUCAAAAACCAAACGAAAAUCAGAAUGCAGAGGAGGAAACCGGACAAUUAACAGUAUGAUGGAAAGAACUGACGGUAAUUGGAUUUAUUAAAUGGAGGCGGGAACAGAACUUGCCUCAUCAACUUUUCUUCAAUGCUUUAUGCUUCUGUUCUUGCCUCCACAGUUGGAUCUGAUAGCCCUCGAAGUUCUUUUUUCAAAACAGUCGCCGCUCACAGCAGUGAUCGUUGUCCUUCUACUGUACUUCUAAUUAUAUCACGGGUUUUUUAGCUGAUGCCCUUUUGACAUUUCGACCCAGAAAUAUUGACUAGGGUUGUAUUUUCACCAAAGAAUAGCCCUAUAAAAGGUCGUGUAUGAAAGCCACUUUCACCUUUUCCAUCUGACAAUACUUGCACAAGUUAUCAAGAUUAUUCCUACUUUCCUUUAACAGAGAAGAGAACUGGAUGCCUAUGAAAGGAAACACGGAAAUCGAAUUGCUACCUUCAUGGUUUACGUAAGUUAGCCACACCUUUCUGUUGAACCGAUGGGACCACAUUUUUGUAAAUUUCACCUUAUUACUGCUGCUCCGCAAACUUCUCUCAAAAGUCUACCACAUCUUUUCUGAACUAUUUUUGGUAGAUUUGGCCUCUGUGAGAAGGCAAAAAAUAUGGUAUGUUAGCCCCUUGGAAAGACCGUAGUUAGCUACAAACCUAACGCCAGCCAUGACCAUGCCUUCAGUGGGAAAUCUCUCAUUCGUAAGCAUUUAAAGAAAAAUUGGACGUGACCGUAACCUUAAGCCAAGCCCUAAAACCCUAGCCCUAGCCUCAGCCUCAAACCCCAAACCGUAGUUCAAGCUUGGCAACCCUAGUCCCCUGAAUAAUCAACCGAGACCGAUUUCAACUGUUCUUUAAACCCUAACUCUGAGUCCAAAAUGGGAAACUUUAAUGUUGAUACAGUAGAUGUGCUAACUCAUGAAAUGUCAACAAUAAAUUUCGAAAUGCGUUCUCGUUUCGAAAAGAUAAAUUAAGUAGUGUUGUCGCAUGCAUUUCUCUACGAUGUUAAGAGGAGACCAUAUGAGGUUCAUAAAAUUAAGCAGUGGAUUUGAGCAAUAUUGUUAACUUUACAAGCCACAUUCGUAAAUGCAGAUACAUGACGUUUCAUGAGCGGCCAUUUAACGGUAUUAAAAAAUCUUACAAUUAGAAACUUUUUUAAAACCGUAUUAUACUCUUCUUUUGAGUAUAAAAUUGGAAGAAGACGUGAUUUUCUACCGGAUAAGUAAAAGAAUGAAUAUUUUAUGCAUGUUUUCCAUGAAAUAUAAUUGAAUUUUUAAGGGCAUCGAAAAUCAAUGAGAAACUUACAUACUACUUAAGUAGUCAUUUUUUGCAAAGUAUAGAUCUUGCAUGCAGUCGAAAAUAAGUUCAUUCAAAAGCCUACACCCUGUGGUAGCUGAAUCAUUAUAGAUUUAUGCUGCAUCAUGAUUAUUUUUACAACACUACUUAAUUUAUCUUUUCGAAACCAGAACGCAUUUCGAAAUUUUGGUUGGCAUUUCAUGAGUUAGCACAUCUACUGUACGCUAUUGGAAGUCAAAAUGCGCUCCUUCAUGCAUAGCCCCUUUCACCACCUACUGCCAGGCAAACCGCUCUGAAGCACACCAACCAUCCGGCGGGGGGGGUUACAUACCCUACCCUUACCAGAGCGAGAUGGUCGUUUUGGACCUAGUCGCCAUCAUCAGUCAGCGGUACUUUAAUACAAGACAGGCAGGUGACAUCUGGAAUGAAGUUUGUCGGCUACUGUCUACUUAAAGUCUCUGAUGUGAGGCCUAAAAUUUGAUUAUGGAAACUCACCACAUAGCAUACCUUUUAGGGAUCCCCUGCCAAUUAUGCAGCCAUAACAGCUCAGCAGCAAUGCCGUGAAAAACAGAGGAAACUGUCUGCUGUCGUCCGACAUCAGUAGACUAACUCCGCGGGGGGGGAGGUAGGGAGGGGCAGGCCAGAGGUUUGGAUCUGGGUCCGGUUGUAAAAACCCCACCAUGAAGGCACUGGCUCUGAUUACGUUUAAUUAUGGCUUCGUUACUAGCAUGCUGCGCAGACUAUCAGCCUUCCUCAGUCAAACAAGCUCCCCCCCCCCCAGUGUGAAAAACUCAUUUUCGACAAGAAACUAAGUCAGUUAAAAUGCAUGGAGGGGAGAGGGGAAUCACUUUGGCGUGGAGACUUGAUUUAGGCUAAUGCGAGGCUCUUCAGUCUUUGGAAAGUUUAACUGACCCAGACAACCACAAACACACGCACACUCCUCCGAUGCCAGCAGCCACUGAUUCUCCGGUCCCCGACUGCAGGCUCGAUGUUUGAACACAAGUCAGCUAAUAGUCGAACAACACCCUCCAACCGCUGCACCACGAGCCCUCCUCAUGUCGGCUGGGAUUGGGAACAGUCAGUUCUCGUGGAGAUGGGGUGCAUCAGUCCGCUGGCUGACGUUCAAACCUCGGGCUUGCAGUAUGGGACUUGGCACACCACUGGCAGAUGUCGUCAAAUAGGCCGCUGUCUCGGUAAACACUUCUCAUAUACGAAGAAAAGUCGGCAGACGCAUGUUUUCGAUUAUUAGUCACCAUGCCUGCCCGGCAAGGCAUGGCAGAGCAGCGAAACUUGAAAAACAGACAGUGAACGGGAAUUGUGGGGAGAGGGUUGAGGACGUCCAGACAUGUCAUCUGCCCCGUAGCCGCUGUCCACCAAGUGAGCCACAUCUGCGCUGGAGAUGAACUUUUCCAUGCCUCGAUUAAGUCGAGUAAAAUAGUGCACUUGCAUCCGCCUGGAUGGGCGCCUAUCUGUUCGAACACUAUAACCUGCUCAACAGAAGUAAAUGAGAACGUAGAUGAAAAGGCAGCCUGUCCUUACCUUCAAGACGAAGAAGCGGAGUGCUCGAGAAAACGAGUCUUGACCUGUUGGCCGGGGUACGUGCGCACGACAGUAGAGUUUAAGCGACGUUGUAGAAGUUCGCCGGUCGGGUCCCCUCGAAACGUCAGUAUGAGAAAUGUUACUGUCUAUUCAACCCUCGGCACAAAGGGUUUUAGCGGGACUAAUUUUCCUGCGCACUUCGCUUCUUUGUCGCAAAGGUAACGAUAGACGGAAAGAUCUCAUAUCGUAGUCGCACCUGUUAGGGGUUAGGGCUAGGAGUUGGGGUUAGGGGUUAAGGGUUAGGGGUUGUGGUAAGGGGUUAGGGGUUAAGGCUAGAGGUUGGGGUUAGGGUUAGGGGUCAGUCUGGAGCUUGCUUACUACAGGUACGACUACGAAAUGAGAUCCAACCGGAUGAACUGAUCCUUUAGAUUCUUUUUCAAGUUAAUCAGACAAUUCAAAGUUCACCGAGAACUUGAGAGGAUAGCAAUAUUCAACGUUUCGCAGAAAAGAGAUUCGCCAUGGUUUCGCGGCAGGGGCCAGACAGUGAUUUGUGUUCGGACUGUGCUGAAGCAAGUUUCCUGGUCUAACAGUACGCCACAUACUACCAAGCCUGAAGAUUUUGUUUUUUAGCUCAGUUCAGUUUAUUGAGGGAAAUAGGCGUAAGCCUUUGAGUACCCUGUUUGCAACGCAAAAAAAUGUGUGGUAUACAGGAAAAUGUUCUGGGCUGAAAUAGUUCAAACAAGCUCAUAAUGGUAGGUCACAGGGGGUGGGCUCUGAUUCUCAUCGCUCUUGGUCAUUUCGGAACAUAAAUAUGUCAAGGUUCUUUUUAAAACUUUGUAUAGAUGGUGACAUCACAACAUCUGCUGAAGACCAUUUCAUGGUUUGACCACUUGAACAGAGAAGGAGAACUUCCGCACAUCCAGCCUUGCCUGCUGAGUACGCAGUUUUAACGGGUGACCUCGGAGAUUGGUCGUGGUAACAAAUUCAAAAAAGUCCUCGAAGACCAGGCUGCAAUCCUGCCCCUUUACAAUGCGGAAUGCUUGCAAGAGAUCCCCCCGAAGUUGUCUGUAACUCAAAGGGAGGAGGUUCAGAUUUAUUAAGCGGGUUGCAUAAGGAAAGGAGCUUUGACCCCUAGCCAUCUUCGUGGCUUUCCUUUCGAGGCAGUUUUGAUCCACAACCGCCCACGGUCUCCAGGCUUGUAUGUCGUACUCCAAAUGCGGUCGGACGAAUGUUCCGAAAGUUUUUGAGAAAACAUCUUCGUCAAAAUCCAUAAGCGCACGCUUGAUGUACGCAGUAGGCUGUUACUUCAGUGAGGUCAAUACUAUCACAACUCUAGACCCUUAGCCCGACUAUUUCAACUCCGCAGUAGUCAACAAGCCCCCGCAUUAAAUAAGAAGGCAUUGCACCUUUUCAGCCCAUCUUGCUAGAAUCUCUUCUUCUCCACUUUCAGUUGACGAACGUCCAAGCCGGUGGAGCCACAGUUUUCACACGGACUGGAGCCCGAGUUCAGCCAGUGGAGCGGGCCGCCGUCUUCUGGUACAACCUCCUUCGCAGUGGUGAUGGUGACGUCCGCUCCCGGCACGCAGCCUGUCCUGUGCUGGCCGGCAGCAAGUGGGUCAUGAACAAGUGGAUCCGGGAGCGCGGACAGGAAUUCCUGCGUCCCUGUCUACCCUAUCGUGACGUGUCCGACCCCACCGAUGUCGACUUGUAG